AUGUCGGCCUCCUCCAGAAGGAAGAGCAAGGGGCGGCCGGUCCCGGGCGCCGGUGGCUCCCCACGGGCUGCCCCUCCCGGCGCUGCCGAGGGCGGGCCGCUGGCGCUGGGCGUCGCCGACGCCGUAGAGGCAGGAGAUGACAAAGUUCCAAAAAUGUUACAAAGACUCCUCGCCCAGCUGUCGCUGAGUAGCAUGAAGUCUGCAAACAUAUGCAUAGGUCGCCCGGUCUUGCUCACCUCUGCUGAUGGGCGACAGGAGGUUUGUACUGCAUGGCCCACUGCAGGCUUUCCAGGUGGGAAAGUUGGGCUGAGUGAAACCACGCAGAAGAACUUGAAAGUAAAUCCAGGUGAUGCUGUCACUGUGCAGCCUGUGACUGGUGCAGUCAUCCAGGCAGAGGAAGUCGAUGUAAAGUUGAGGGACAAAGAUGCCACUGUUAAUGCUGAGGAAAUGUCUGUCUGCCUACUGAGAAAUCUAGAUGGGAAAAUAGUUUUACCAGGAAACCUCUUGGCUUUCACUUUCUAUGGCAAACUUUGUAACUUCAUGGUGACAAAAGUGAAAGGAACUGAUGGCGCAGAGCUGACUGCCCAAAGCAGUGCCAUUUCCAGUGAUAUGCAUGAGCCAGACCUUGAAAGAUCUGGUUUGGAGACAAGUACGUUAGAUUUGUCCUUACAGCUUGGCAAGAUGGACAUUGACGGUAGCCCAGAGGUUGCAGCUAUGAGCACACCAAGGAAACCGAUGGAUCCGGGUUCAGCAGUUACACCCACCUCUGCUGUGGCAGUCCGUGGUCAAGACUCUGGUCAGGGAGAUAAAACCUACAGCAACGGAGAUGUUGCAGACCUUGCUGAUGAUCUGGAGUUGGCUGGGAAAGGAGGCAGUGAGGGACUCCCACUAACUGGCAAAACUGGAGCAGUAUGCAAUACAGAUGCUUUUUAUUUCAUUUCUUCAAGAACUAGAAUCAAUUUUAUUGAAACAAGAACCAAUGUAGCAGAAGAUGGUGAUUGUGAAUCCCGAGUCACUUAUGAUAUGAUAGGAGGUUUAAGCAGCCAGCUCAAAACUAUUAGAGAAAUGGUUGAACUGCCCUUGAAGCAAGCUGAACUGUUCAAGAGUUACGGAAUCCCUCCUCCUAGAGGAGUGCUAUUAUAUGGCCCUCCGGGUACCGGGAAGACUAUGAUUGCCAAAGCCAUUGCAAAUGAGGUUGGCGCUCAUGUUACUGUUAUUAAUGGUCCUGAAAUAAUAAGCAAGUUUUAUGGGGAGUCUGAAUCAAGAUUACGUCAGAUAUUUGCUGAAGCUUCUCUGUGUCAGCCCUCCAUUAUAUUUAUAGAUGAGUUGGAUGCACUCUGUCCAAAGAGAGAAGGGGCUCAGAAUGAAGUUGAAAAGAGAGUUGUUGCUUCGUUGCUGACAUUAAUGGAUGGCAUUGGCUCAGAAAGCAGUGAAGGGCAGCUCUUGGUACUUGGGGCCACUAAUCGUCCUCAUGCACUGGAUGCAGCACUGCGCAGACCUGGGCGUUUUGAUAAAGAGAUAGAAAUUGGAAUUCCUAAUGCCCAAGACCGUCUGGACAUACUCCAAAAGCUUCUCAAGAAAGUUCCACAUUCGCUCACAGCAGUGGAGUUGGUGCAACUGGCUGAUAGUGCACAUGGUUAUGUGGGUGCAGACUUAGCAGCCUUGUGCAAGGAAGCAGGUUUGUAUGCAUUGCGGAGAGCAGUGGGGAAAAGACCUAACCUAAUAGACAACGAGGUGGCUGGGUCAGUGAUGAUUGCUUUCAAUGACUUCCUGCAAGGGAUGAAUGAUGUCAGGCCCAGUGCCAUGAGGGAGGUGGCAGUUGAUGUGCCAAAAGUAUCCUGGUCAGACAUAGGAGGACUAGAAGAUGUCAAGCUGAAAUUGAAGCAGGCAGUAGAAUGGCCUCGCAAACAUCCUGACUCCUUUAUCCGAAUGGGGAUUCAGCCUCCAAAAGGUGUGCUGCUUUACGGACCUCCUGGGUGCUCAAAAACAAUGAUAGCAAAAGCUUUGGCUCAUGAAAGUGGUCUCAACUUCUUGGCAGUGAAGGGACCUGAGCUGAUGAAUAAAUAUGUUGGUGAGUCUGAACGAGCAGUGAGAGAGAUCUUUAGGAAAGCCAGAGCAGUGUCUCCUUCAAUUCUUUUCUUUGAUGAAAUAGAUGCCUUGGCAGUUGAAAGGGGAAACUCUUCAGGUGCUGGAAAUGUUGCAGACCGUGUCUUGGCUCAGUUGUUAACGGAAAUGGAUGGGAUAGAACAGCUGAAGGACGUGACAAUCUUGGCAGCUACAAACAGACCAGACAUGAUAGACAAGGCCUUGCUGAGACCAGGACGAAUAGACAGAAUUAUCUACGUGCCAUUGCCAGACGCAGCCACUCGUGGGGAGAUUUUCAAACUUCAUUUUCAGUCCAUGCCAGUCAGUGAUGAAGUCUGCUUAGCAGAGCUUAUUGAGCACACACAGAAGUACUCAGGAGCAGAGAUAACAGCAGUCUGUAGAGAAGCAGCCCUUUUAGCUCUUCAGGAAGACAUACAUGCCAAAUCUAUCAUGGGACGGCACUUUCGCUACGCGCUGACUGUCGUGACCCCAAGAAUUCCCGAUUCAUUAAUCCAGUUUUAUGCAGAUUAUCAGCAGCGAAGUGGACUGCACAUGCUCUGAAAAGCAAAUUAAUGCGUGCCCCCAUUCAUGGUGUGAAUAGCAAAUUUCCUUUGUAAAGCUGUCAAAAGCCAAAGAAUUUUGUAUGGAGUGGAGUGUCCAAAGUUAACUGAAGGGCAGAGUCAUCAUAAUAAAUGCCUGUGUGGAAGUUUUGAGUGUAACUGAUAUCAUCCAAAAAUAUAUAUUAUACAGUUAAUUAUCAAAUUCUGAAUUUUUGGUGGAUUCUUGGCCCUAAAGAGAGUAGCAACAAGUGACAUUACCGUCUUCAUUUGUUCCUGCCUUAACCACAGUUUAAUCCCAGGGACCAUCCCAGUGAGGCGCAGACCUAGGGAGCGGCCUCACUACAAAAAAUGCUGAAAAUUAUUCUGAAUCUUUUGAUUUAUGAUCUCCAGAAAAGCUGCCAAACAGGCUUGCCGAACAUCGAGCUUUCCGAGAUAAAGCUAAGGCAUCCCAACUGAUUACAGCGAAACAUUAAUCUUUGGUCUUAAACAGCUCCUUUUUACACAUACCGGAGAGUAGGCACCUUAAAAACUGUACAUACAUAAAAAAUGUACAUCGGGCUAACCUGAAACCACUGCCAGGCAUCACUGGAAGAUUUUUGGGUUUUGUUUGCUUCCGUCAAAAUAAAUAGGAAUGUUGAUAGGUAAUUUAAAGCUGGCCAUUUAAAAUCCUAAUGAAUCCUAAUUAACGAGUAAGAAAACCUCCUUGCAAAAACUGUUAGAAAUGACCACAAAAUAGUUCAGGGACAGAUAAAAUCUUUUCAGCCCAUUUCUUCAUAAUAUCAUCUGUUGAAACGACAAGAGGUCCUUAUGGGCUCUCUGCUCUUGCACUCAGUAUGAAACGCAGUUAAGCAAAUGCAUUUUCAGCUUUUUUCCCCAUAACAGAAAGACCGAGCCUUUCUAUUCCAGACUGAAAAAUAACGGGCAAGGUAAAGCAAAACCAGUACAAACCAGAUUUCAUAUUAAAAAACCUGAUUUUCAGUGGGUAGUUCUGUGUUUUCCUGGUGUUUUGCAGGUAAGUAGAAGAAUUUACAGGUCAAAAUUUUAGCCAAGUCCUGCUUUUACCUAUUGAAGUAAAGAAGAAAUUUAAUUUCAGGCUUUAUGUAAAGUUAUUUUUUUUAUUUGUUUAUUGAUGGUUCUGAAGACUUUUCUUUCUUGCAGUCAUUUUAUAUGUAUUCAUAAACCAGUAAUAAUUCUGUAGAAAUUUAUAUAAUUUUAUGAGAAAUUUGUAUAGAACUAAGAGAGAUUUCUACUAUAUUUACUUAUAUUAUCAAUAUGAAAUUUAAAAAGUAAUCUCUUGGCCUUGAUUAUGGCUUUUCUUUACUUAGUUCCACUCUGUGCACCAUUUGUAGCUUUCAAACAGAAAUCUACUGGUUUUAAACUACAACUUUUCUAUUGCUUUUAUUCUAACCUCCUCUUGCUGUAAUUAGCAUUUAAUUUUACUGUGACUGAAAAGGAUUAGAGGAUGAGGAAAAGCAUUUUCUUAAUCGUUUACUUAGUUCAUCUGAUGUAUGUGCAGGUUGUUUUUUUUUUUCAUUGUUUGACUCUUUAGUAGUACAACAGACAGAGUGAAUUAAGCAAAUGAUAAACUGGAUAAGUUGCCUUGGGAAUCAAGACUGAAUUUGAAACUACUUUAUCUUCCUUUUCUAAAUUCUAUAUACUCUAACUUGAAGCUCAGGAUGCAAGCCAUUUAUCAUAAACAUUACAUUUUUGAUGUUUCCAAAAAUUAAAUGCCAUGCUGUUAUCCCCUAGCACUUUCCCCCAGCAUGUGUUCCCAAAGGAAGGAAAGAGAGACUGUGGUUUUUACUGCCAGUGAUGAAUUCUCUUUGUAAUUUUGUAUCCUAAGAAUAGCACUAUGUGAUGCUCCAGAUGAGUAGCAAAACUGGAUUGCCAAUUCCUUGGGAAGUGCUCAGAUCCCUUGGGAGCCUGCACCAAGGUGUGAAUCUGAACUGAGAGAGGCAGGUAGGAGCUGGAUGGAUGGAUUCCUGUUGCCAUCAGAGGGAAUUUUGCACAUUGAAUUUUCGGACUUUAGAAGAGAAUCCUGGCCUGUGACUGCUGUUUGUUCCUUGGGGGAAAAAAACAUCCCUGCAAACAUCCUCUCAUCUGCGUGGUACCACAUUUAUCCAUAGGGCACCAAAUCUCUUGAUACAUACCUACGUGCCUGAAGUGAUUUUGAAUGUAGGAAGCUCCCCUUUGUAUCGCUGGGAUUGUGGAACUCGAUUUUUCAAAAAGGAAGAUACUCUUAAAAAAAAAUAAGUUAUGGCAAAUUUUUGAAGUCCCUAGAAGGUUUCUGUUGCUCCCAAAUAUUCUGUCUGGUAAAUUUGGCUAGUCUGAUACCAUUCAAAAUCUUACUCCAUCACAGAUAAAUUGAGAUUUAAAGAAAGGUAUGAUGAUUCCCCUUCUUGUCCAUAAUGACAGAUCACUGUUAUCACGGACCAGCAACUUGGAACCCUCUUAUCAGAAUUCUGGAAAAUAACAAAAAAUUCGGUCUGGGUCAAAGCACAUCAGCAAGGUAGUCCUAUCAUAAUCCAUCCCGGUGAGCACUUUUGCACCCUCAGCCUCUCAUUGGAACUUACUGAUGAGGGCACUGUAGGACAGAGCACUUCCAAAGUAUCUUCUGUUAGCCUGUCAUCUGAAUGAGUGGGGUUUAAUUCAGAGCUGAACUUUUCACAGCGUGUUUUACUGAGCACAUUGUGCCUUGGCACAGAAUCAAAUUGCCUGUACUGUGAAACCAUAUGAGCCUGAACACCUCUACGCUUCAGGGUAAAUCAAAGAUAAGGGUGUUCUUUCUUCUGCUGGGUUAAUCAGGUUUAUUGUUGUUUGGAUGUUUACGUAAGAUUUAAUUUUAAUAAAACGAUAGAGGCUCAGCGAGCAGAAGAGAAGGCAUCUGAGAACCACAUCUCUCUCCCAUCCUCUCUAACUUCUGAAGUGGUUCCUAGACGUAUUUCUUUACUUUCCUUAGAAAUACAGUCUUUUUCCUGCCUGCCAUUAUCUUUUGGAGCCAGUUUUUGGCCCAAAUACUGCUUGAGUUGCAGAAUUGCUAACAUUAAAUCAGUUUCAGGCACAUUUUGUUUAAAUACAAAGUUUAACUUUUUCCUCCAAUAACAACGUCUUGCAAAAUGGCAUAAAAUGUCUUUUGACAGGUUUGCCAAAAAUGACCAGGAGAAUAUUUAUGAUCAAAAUGCAAAAAUGUCUUCACUGAACUUGAAAAAAGUUCAGUCCUGUGUUCUCCCUAAUGCAUAAAACAGAUUUUCACUGCAAGUACAAUAUACAAUUCCUAAUGCUGGAAAAAGAAUGAAGUUUAUUGUGGAUAGUUUUCCUACAGUCUGUAAAUGAGAACAGAGCAUGAGGUUUACUGAGUUCAGGUGCGAGGGUGAACAUCAGGGACAGAGCAAAGAUAAUUUUCAAAGGUGGUUAUUCAAAAUGAAUGUAUUUGUCAGCCCUUUCAAAUAUCGUGUGCUUAAAGUUGACUGCUCUGGUUUGUGUAUGCUGGCUCUUUCCUUUUAGUUUCUUUACUCAUUUUUAAUGUCAAAGUGUGGUUCUUCUCCUUCAGAAACUGGGCAUAUGCCAAACAUAAUGCUGCUGUAACUGAGCAUCGGUCUAGUGCUGUGGGAAGGCUGUCUGUGGAUGACGUUUCCCCUGUGAAGCAAACAUCAAACUCUGUGCUGAUGGGGUAAAGACAAAAACGAAUUGUAAAGCCCCGUGUUUUGCCAUGUACUGCCCAGUGAGCUGAAGUUAACUGAUGGACAUGGUUCAUGGGCAGGAGAAGUGUCUUACUGCAGCAGGGAAGUGUCAGGGCUGUGGAGGAGAAUGGCCCUUGAGGCUUUUGGUUGUUUCUGGCUCUCCCAGAGAAAGCAGUUGACUGGGUGGGUGAAACAGUAUUACCAGUACUAGAAGCGCAAACAUCUGGUGGUUGUGGUAGCUCAACAUCUAGGUGGUAGCUAGGACCUGUGCCUCAACCUGCUCAUGACCUAUGUGAUGGGGAGGUCCACUGCUUGGCCACCACUGACAAAGCCAGCACAGAAGGAGAGACAGGGUGAGGGAGGGUAGAUCAUCGGUGCAUUUUUGCUACUCCAAAGGGACACAUUGGCCACUGGACACAGGAGCCAGGUGGCCUAUGUAAAGUUUUUUGUAGCUGCUCCGGCCUUUAUCUUGAGGUCCCGGUCCAUGCAGAGCUAGCCUGUAACAGAGUUGCAUUUGGACAAUUGGGUUUACCUUGUGACACCUUUGUGUUUGUAUUUAAUGUUGUUGUUAUGGUUGUAGUCAGUUGCAAUAAUUUUUAUCUGCUAUGAACCUCAAAAUCUUUUUUUUUUUUUUUGCUGAUGCAUUUUUCUUCCUUUGACAUGGCAGAAAAUACUGUAGGUGAUCUAAUGUGUGUGAUUUAAUAAAAAAAAUUCCUAGAGAGUAGGUGCAAGAGGCAUGCAGAAUUGCAGUUGUAGUUGGUUGGGCAUGUUUUGAUUGGCAAAUUAACAUCUGGAAGACAAAUAUUUCAGCUGAAACCUACCCCUGAUCUUGGGGUUUGUGUCUGCUCUUUCUGCAACUGCUACCUGUUCAUUUAUUAAUCUUUUCUGUAGGAAAGUCAGCCACGCGUUUUCUCCAGGGCUUUAUAUGUUCUGUGUUAAAUAUUUUAAAUGGUGUCAUUCUUCCCUGCGGAAAGACAAUAAAUCCAAUGACUCCAGAA